UGUUGGUGCUGGUCAGGAUGAGGCUCACACGGGGGAUGUUCGUAACGAUGAGGGUGUUUUUGUCCCCGAGGUUGUUUCGAGGGAUGAUGAUACCGGCAAGGUGGAUGAUGCCAAGAAUUCUGACCCAGUGGAACCUCUUGCAGAGAUCAAACAGGUGUAUUUCUUGUUUGGACAUCAUUUUUUUGUGCUCUUUGUGUGGAUUUCUGUGUUUUGUGUUUGUUUUAUUAGUUUUUUAAUGUUUUUUUUGUUGUCAGCCUGAACAGUCUCAAGGUGGGGAGGAGAACAUUGAUGUUGAUGCAACAAUUGCAUCUGCUGUUAAAGCUGUGGAGAAUUUGAUUGGUUCCUCAACUCAUGUCCCUGCUUCUGUUGAGACUUCUGAGAAGACUGAUCUUGAAAUGGUUGUUUUUCAAGAGACUCCUAUUUUACGUCCUCAAAAGAGGGAUCGGAAGAAAGGAGCUGUUUUGAAAUCUCCAUUCAUUGAGCUUGCUUCUGGUGCAUCUAAAUCAGGUUCAUCCUCAGUUUCUCCUGAUGAUUCUGUGUAUAAGGUCGUUAAAUAUGUGCGUGGUUUGUGCCCGUUGGACAACAAGAUUGGUGAACCUGUCGAUCCGCAAUUGGAAGCUGAGUUGGUCACGUGGGUUGAUACAGGUCUUAGAAAGCAUAAAUCUAACACAACAACUAAUGUGUAUUGUAAGGGUAAGGACACAAUAUUUCCGCCUUUUCGUUUUGGUGUUGAGGACAUUAGCAACAAGAUGUGGUUUCACAACCUUGCCUACCCUAAUUGUUUCCUUACCAAUUCUCACAUUGACAUUAUUUUCUAUUAUCUUCAUAAGAAAAUAAUGUACUCAGCCGAGCCGAAAAUUAAAGUCACCACAACUGAUUGCCUCUUUUGUUCUAGCAUAACAAGUUUGUAUGAGAAGUUUGUUGAGAAAAACAACGAUAUAUUGGUGUUGUCUCUUUCUCACAAUGUGGCCCAGUACAUUCAAGGUGGUAAGAUAUUAUGUGCCACUCCUUGGCAUUUGGUUGAUCAUGUUGUUAUGCCUAUCAAUGUAAAAUUACAGGAUCAUUGGAUUUGUGGUCGUCUAAACAUAGCUGAGCGGCGGAUAUAUCUGUACAAUUCAUUGCGUUCUGGAAGGUAUAUGACAGCUGCCAAAGAGGCUUGCAAGCCUUUUUCUGUUAUUUUACCAUAUUACUUCUCUAUGUUAGACUUCAAAGGCCUUCGCAACGAAGCUAAGUUUAGCACUAUGGAACCGUUCCCUAUUGUUGCUGUUGAUGGUUUACCCGAGCAGGUCACAGCUGAUUGUGGUGUUUUUGUAGCAUCAUUUGCUGAGUAUUUCAUUGAUGGCAAACCCAUCCCAUCCUCUGGUUUUGAUGUGGAAAUUCACCGCGAUCGUUUGGCUGUGUUAUUUUAUCAAUAUGGCAUGAAGAAGCAAACUGAGAACAUUGAAAGUGAAUCCGAGGCCCCUCCCAGCCUUCCCAAGAAGUGAUUUGUUUUUUCAAUCAGACUGUCAUUGUUCUUAUAGUUUUUUAAUGUUGUUUUUAUGUUUUUUUAUGUUGUUUUCGUAAACAAACAUUGGUGUUCUGUUAUGUUUCCUUACGUUUUGUGUGGACAAUAUGUAAUCUUUAUUUUUGUAUGUUUUUUCUUAUUCUUCUUAUGUACAAACAAGUUGGUAUGUUAAAGUUGUUAGUUUUUUCAUUUCA